GUUUUCCUCUUCAGAAGUAGGGAGGACGUUGAAUACGCGUUUGAUGUGGCUGGAAAGUGAAGACUCUACCCUACACACACGAGCGAGCGAGAGAGAGAGAGAGAGAGAGAGAGAGAGAGAGAGGUUAUUUGCGAUUUCUACGGGCUUUUCAUGCGGUAUCUGCAACAAGGGCUACGGAGAAGAAUACCCGUUGUGGCUGAAGUUAUGAUAGUAUAGUUGAUUACUUGAAAUAGUUAUGGACUCCGGGAAAAGUUGGUUUCAGAGAUUGAGACAUAAAGAGGAGAAAUUAAAACCGGGUUCCACAAAAACAAAAGAAACGGAGAACCCAACAAAAUCAACGACAGAUGAUGUGCUAUCUAAUGAUACUAAAGAGAAGGUUGCUGCGGCAAAGCAGUAUAUUGAGAACCAUUACAAAGCUCAAAUGAAGUGUUUGCAAGAUAGGAAGGAGAGACGAUGGGUUUUAGAGAGGAAGCUUGCUGAUGGUGAUGUUCCGGCAGAAGAGCAAACUAAUCUUCUAAAAUAUUUAGAGAGAAAGGAAACAGAAUAUAUGCGAAUCCGGAGACAUAAGAUGAGUGUUGAUGAUUUUGAACUUUUGACCAUCAUAGGAAGGGGUGCAUUUGGGGAGGUGAGACUUUGCAGAGAAAAGAGUACUGGCCUCAUUUAUGCCAUGAAAAAGCUCAAGAAAUCCGAGAUGCUACGCAGAGGCCAGGUGGAACAUGUUAAAGCUGAACGGAAUGUCCUUGCUGAGGUUGACAGUAGCUGCAUUGUUAAGCUAUACUGCUCUUUUCAAGAUGAUGAAUUUUUAUAUCUUAUAAUGGAAUAUCUUCCGGGGGGCGACAUGAUGACAUUGCUAAUGCGCAAGGAUACUUUGACCGAAGAUGAGGCCAGGUUUUAUGUUGGUCAGACAGUCCUUGCUAUUGAGUCCAUUCACAAGCACAACUAUGUUCACAGGGAUAUCAAGCCAGACAAUUUGUUGUUGGAUCGCAAUGGUCAUAUGAAGCUUUCGGAUUUUGGCUUGUGUAAGCCCUUGGACUGCAGUAGUUUUCCAGAUCUAAGCGAGAAUGAUUACGGGGUAGGAGGGAAUUUGAAACCUCCAUUGGAGGACACUAAGCACUCUAACCUGCCAUCUGUGUCAAGGAGGACUCAACAGGAACAGUUAUUACACUGGCAGAAAAACAGAAGAAUGUUGGCUUAUUCUACGGUUGGAACUCCUGACUAUAUUGCCCCAGAGGUCCUGUUGAAGAAAGGUUAUGGGAUGGAAUGUGACUGGUGGUCACUCGGAGCAAUUAUGUAUGAGAUGCUUGUGGGUUAUCCGCCUUUCUAUUCUGAAGAACCAAUGACGACAUGCCGAAAGAUUGUGAAUUGGAGAACUCACUUAAAAUUCCCACAAGAAGCAAAACUCUCUAUUGAGGCUAAAGACCUCAUACGAAAACUUUUGUGCAAUGUGGAUCAGAGGCUUGGUACCAGGGGAGCUUAUGAAAUUAUGGCACACCCAUGGUUUAAAGAUAUCGAAUGGGAAAAACUAUAUCAGAUGGAAGCUGCUUUUAUACCAGAGGUUAAAGGUGACUUAGAUACUCAGAAUUUUGAGAAGUUUGAAGAGGUGAGGACUGAUGGUUAUCAGUUGGAGCCUACAACUCAGACUUCCUCAAAAUCGGGUCCUUGGAGAAAGAUGCUUCCAUCCAAGGAUGCAAAUUUUGUUGGUUACACAUACAAGAACUUGGAAAUUGUCGAUGAGCAUCACAUUCCUGGCAUUGCUCAGUUGAAGAAGAAGACUACCAAACCUAAGAGACCAUCUAUCAAGUCCUUGUUUGAUGCACCUGAUUCUACUGAUCCACCUGUUCAGGGGAGCUAUGUUAACGUUAUACCCACUCAAUUCUAGGAAUCUGAAAGCCCUGAUCCAUCUCCAUGCUUCUCUAGAUCCCCACAAUACAAAAGGGGUAGCAUGGACUUAACACACAACCACCAUUGUCUAUAUAAGCCAUGACAAGGAAAUGGAAGUGCAAAAAUUAGCUCCUAGGAAACACGAAAUAAGAGGAAGGCGACAAAGGAUAACGGAUUUCUCCCUUUUUAAGGAUUCAGAAGUUUAUGCAAAGUGCCAGUAUCUUUUUUUAUCCAGUUAUGGAUAAGGUAGUUGCUUCUUGUUCUUGAUUUCCUUGUACCGCUGCUAGAUACUUGCUCCUCUGGUAUAACCCUUAGGGUAGAGAUUAGGAGUUUUAUUUCUCUCUUGUGAAAAAUACUACAGAAAGAAACAGGAUUUAGAGAUGGUGAAAGCGAAAGAUCAUGUAACUUAUUUGUUGGUUUGAAGAAAGGGUGUAAGUCCUGGGUUCUUUAUGUAUUUAUGCUUGCUCUC